AUGGUCGAUCCUGCUUGGUGCCAUCCGAUUUGGACAAAUGGGCUCGAAUACCUUCCUUAUUCGCCCGCGAAGGAACGAGAACCAGGCACCAAGUUCCCAGAUGCACACCUCCAGUAUGAUGUGCCGAGUAUCUCGCUAUCUCGCUUGCACCUGAGUGCGGCGUUCCUACACAAGUACGAGAUCGACAGCGUGCGCAUCGAGUACACCGUGAAUCCUGCCGAGUUCCCAACGAGCGAGAAUGUAUCGUCGAUCCUCACGUAUGGCUGGACCGAGGACAAGCCACUCGUGCUGCGCGGCACCCCUGGCUGGUUUCGCUCGCGGACCUGGGAGCUCCCGGGGCUCAAUGUCUCUUCGCUCCUGAGCUCGUAUGUGGAACAUGGACCACUCUGGGAGUGGGACCUUCCCGACAUCGAUUCGGCACUCCUCGCCUACACAUUCACGCUCGUUCCAGCGCCCUGUGCCUCGCGCUUCCAUCCGCCACCGCCGGUCAUGGCGCCUAUGGUCCGUUUCAUUAGUGCAUCGACGGGCGAUGUACGCAUUUUCCCUUCUUUGCGCUUGCAUGAGUCGAACCACUUGCAUGUCGCAUUGCAUGGCGUGGCUCCCUUUAUGCAGGAGCCCAAGCACCGUGGCACUCGGCUGCAGUUCUGGCUCCUCGACGAAUACAUCGGUACUCCAUUUAGCGGCACGUUCGACAGUACAUGUCCUUUGCCGUACGCAUCGAUCCAUGCCUCGAUCCACUGGCGCGCCAGUAUUGCGCUGCUUGUUCUCCGGUACCGCCUGGCCUUGCUCGUAUGGCCACUAGGUAUCUUGGCACUUGCUCGCAUACAGUCAUCGCAUUCUCCUUCUGCAGCUCUUGCAUCCCUCACGCAUGGACGCGGUCUUCUUAUCGUGCUUCUCGCUCCUAUUGCGCUGCAUGUGUGUGUAUUUUUUGGCGCAUCGCUCGGCGUGCCACGGCAUACACUCGGCAUCGGAAUUACCUCGCUGCACUUUUGGUGGCUCGGUCCCGUGCUAGCCAUGACGGCCUUGAGUCUUGCUAUGCUCAUGCACGUGGUCGUCGAGAGCCUUCUGUGUGCCUGGUACAUCUUGGUUCGUCGCCUUGCACCGCGAUACCUGCCACUGCCUACGCAGCCCACGCAGCUCAAGCAAGCGCCUCGGUUGCAUACAUGGCUCGCUUGGACAAGGCAGCCAUCGACUUGGCUCGCCGCAUGUGUGCUUACCGCGUUUCUUGUGUUCAUGCCGUACCAGGUGUUGAUUCUUUUGUGUACGAUAGUCCACAUGGCUGCCACUUGCAGCUCCUACAUGGCAUUUCGAGAAGCUGAACGGCAUGCAUCACUCAACGAUACCGCUGGUGUGCUUCGUGCUCGACAUGCUGAGCAUCUGUGGCUCUUGCACUUCUUGCUAUGGCUCCUGCCACUUCAAGCGCCUAUGCUCGUCGUCUGGGUACGCAAUGUGAAUGCCGGCCUCACCAUGGGCUUCACCAGCAUCCAGUACAAGAUGUGGGCCGUUGCGCCACUGUUGUGGCUCAUCUACCUGUUCUGGGUUCCAUGGACACUAUCGCCUCCAGCAUUUCACUCCCUAGGGUUUGAGCAUGCACGCCAUGUCGUGUAUGGGACCAUGUCACUAUGUGCGCUUUUAUAUGGCGUGCGAUACGGUUACUUUGUUUUAGACGCAUUCGUCGUCACAGUCUUGUACGAGCUUAUCGCUAGGAUCGCACCCCUGUACAUGAGGCCGCCGAAGCCCGAGGCGAUCCCCAUGAACGGCACAUCGCGCCUGAAUGUCCCAGCCUCACUUCUCAACAAAGACGCCGCAUGUCCUACUGUCUUGAGACCUCCUGGCGAUCACACCGACCACUUGUGGGAAGAGUACCUCGACACACUUGAUGCCUACAUGCACGCUCGAGCACAGGCAGAGCAGGCAAUGAAGCAAGGGUUUGCGCAGCUCACACGGGCCAAGAUGGCCUUGAACGGGGGGGUCUUUGGCCAGCGACUUGGUCGUGAUCUGUAUGAUGAGCGUAUGUCGGCGCGUAUCCGCAUACAGCCUGAGACGCCCGGCGCCACACCCUCUAUCGCCCAACCUCUCGCGCGUGAGUCGGCAAGCACCGAGUCCAACCCAGCGACUCUCAGGCGCCGACUCAUCCGAGAAAAAGAACCACAUGAUGUGAAGCAUCCUGAUACCAAACCAGGCUGUUCUAGCUCUAGAGAAGACGACCCCGACCAUGACGAACACCCCACCACACGCCACCCUCAGGGCUUCGAUCCCUUAUUCCAGUUCAGCGGACUUCCUCCACGCUCACUCAAAGCUGCCCAACGCGAGUUCCAACGUGCCCUCGGUCUCCUUCUAGAUACCAAUGCAUCGACGAAACCUGUUGAGCCUCUAUCGCACAACGUAUGGCGCCUCCAAAACCGUCUUUAUUCCCUUGAAACCGAACUUCAUGCGCGCCGUAAUUCCUCAUAG